AUGGACGGGAUAAAAGCGCUGUACACGCUUUUAGAAAGGAAUGAAAUGGACGAAAGGCUUCUGCAGCCAGAAGAAAUAGAGUAUGUUAAAAAAUCCCUUGCUAUCCUAGGCUACAAACUAAACAAGUGGCACGAUGCAAGAACUCUUGUGGUAACAGCGAACGACACAGCAAACGAAAUAGAGGGCGCAAUAACAGAAUACGAAGUGGCGUCACUAGACAUUCUUGCGAGUGUUGCCAGUAGAAAGAAAGGAAUACCGGCGGAAGAGCUAAUCAACUGCACAAUCACAGCAGAUCUUCUGAAGAAAAGAUGGCUGAUAGUGGAAGACGGAAGGAUCAGGCUGUCGAAAAGAACAAAAAUAGAAAAAGCAGACAUUCUAUCGGAGAAAACAGACACAGAGAUAUGCUCGUUCUGCGAUAUUCUCAACGAAGAAGGGAACGUGCCGCACGAAGAGUGUCUGCAGUUCAUAACAAACAAGAGGACGGAAUGA